AUGCCUCUCAAACGCCCCAAUUCGCCGGCUCAGCGCGCGUCCUCCUCCUCUUCCGAAUCGCAAACGCCCUCAGAAAUACAAAUCCAUCCAUCAAAAAAAACCAGGCUCUCUGCACCAACACCUACGACUAGCGUCGCUCUCAAAGGCCUCAAGGUCCACAUCCUGGACGCAAAGCUCGACAGCGUCGCCAUCGCCGAGAUCCUCGCGCUCCUCGUGCGCUGCGGGGCAAAGGCGUGCCAGACCGCGGUCGCGGCGGACGUGGUCGUGACAGCGGUCACCAUGCGGAAGCGGCUGGAGAGGCAUAUGGACUGGGAGGCGGCUGUGAGCGGCCUGCUUCCUCCAGCCAGAGACACAGGCACAGCUCAUCAUCUGCGGCGCACGGUGACCAUCGCCAGCCGCGAAUCCGACAGCAGCGCCCGCCUCCUGACCCGCUCUGCGGUGCGGUCCCUCGCCAGGUUGUCCCCGCCGCGUGUGCCGGCGCACCUCCUCCCGCCCGCCCCGCCGCCGGCGUUCGACGCCGCGUCGCUCGACUCUGACGCGUGCUUUUCGUGCCUGCGCGCGUCACCCCUCGUCUGCGCGAACCAGGGCUUGUGCGAGCAGCUCGAUGCCAUGCGCCGCGCGCGCGAGCUGGAGGGGGAGGAGCGGAGCGCGUUGAGCUAUCGACGUGCGGUCUCGGUUAUCAAAGGUACCUUGCAGGGCUUUAUUCUGCUCGAAGCGCCGUGGUGCUCAGCGCGCCAAAGACCCAUAUACAAUAUAUACCCAACCUUCGCCGCUCCCAAGGUCGAGCAAUAUAUGACGACCGGCCAGAUCGUCGAAGUCCAGGCUACGCUCGCCUCGCCGCGAUUCCACGCGCUUGAGACGUUGUCGACCGUUUAUGGGAUCGGGGCCACGACCGCGCGCAAUCUGUACGCGCUGGGGCUGCGCACGGUCGAGGACCUGCACAAAUACUACGAAGUGAGGCUUCCGUCUAGGGAUGCGAACGAUUCUGCAGCUGUGGCGGAUGAGCCUGGGCAGGCGCUGCUGCGGGGCGCGGUGAUCGACCUGGAGGAGGACGGGGAGGAGCCCUGGAUGAAGAUCGCGUUGGGUUUGAGAGAGGACCUGGGAAAGAAGAUACCGCGAUCUGAGGUGGAGGAGAUCCAUCGUGUGAUCAUCUCUGAGCUGGAGACGGUCCAGCCGGGAUGUGUGAGCACGAUUAUCGGUGGCUUGCAUGCGCACGUCAUUUUGGUUGGUGCGAUGGGUUGGCGGACGGACGGCACAGCUAUAGGUGUGGAAAGCCGGAGAGCAACGACGUGGAUAUCGUGUUCACGCAUCCGGACGACUUGUCGAGCUUCCACGCCCACGACGCACUGGGCCUCGCUCGAAAAGGCGCUCACGGUGUUUGUCCUCCCGAGCGCAGACUCGGGGGGGGGGGGGGGACGCGUCGUCGGCGGGUGGACUUCAUCUUCGCGCAGCCGGAGACGUACUGGACGGCGAUCGUCGGCUGGUGACGGGCUCGACGAUGUUCGAGCGCGAUUUGCGGUAUUGGGCGAAGGGACGGCCUGAAGUUCGAUAGCUCUGGGGUCACUCGGCAGCGCGAUUUGAGGCUCAUAUGCAGAAGUACGAGGGGCGGUGGUGGUGCAGGCUCACAAUCAUUUGACAACCCCGGUUCUUUCGAAGAGAGUUGGGUCGUGCGUUUGGCUCUCACAUACCUGCAUCAUCGCUCGCUGGUUACAGUCCACCACCAACAUCAUCGGAGUCGGUCGUUCCCAUCGCUCGGCAUCUGAUAGCCUCCACUUAGGAGCGGUCAACAGCGGUCAACAGCCCCGAGGCGCCCUCAUCAGCUCUGCGGCCCAUCCCCGUCCCAGCGACCCUGCGCUCCGAGCCUGCUAAUUCGCUGACCACCACCGAGUUGAGUCAGAUGCGCCGGGUGCAUCUGAUGGGCAAACUCUGAUUUAUCGUCUGCGCUGAUGCUGGCUGACUUCGCAGCCCGACGGGCUGCGGAUUUCGAGCACGCUGGCUCUGCACCGGGCUGGUAUGUAUACACACAGGGGCAAAGAAUAGGAACAUCGUCGAGUGGAUUGGUUUCAUCGGCGAUACUGUCGUUUUCUCUUUAUACGAGAUGCACGGCUCUUUUUCCUCCUGGUCGUGGCUUCAUCUUGGUGUCCCAUCAGGUGACUGUGCGUCUCUGUGCGUACAAGUUUGAGCUCAAGCUGCUGGCGAAAAGGACGACAAGAGGUGACAAGAUGGUUGUCUACACGUUGAGAUUCAGGCUACAGCUAGUGAAGAUAUCCGAGUCGACAAGUGCGCAGGCGCGAAGCCGCUGUCGUCAUCAUUGUAAAGCGACGUCAGUUCAAUCUCCGCCACAAGCCGUGUCGUCAAGCGCGUUCACCAAGGUUCACCAACAACCAACACCACCACCAACAACAAUCAACGUUUCAACGACUACAUCAAGAUCCGACACAUCAGAAUAUCCUAAGGUCGAAUCAAAUAUGGAGACGUUUAUCAAAGGUUACAAAAUCCACCGCCACAACCUCGCCAAGCUCGCAGACAUCCCAGUCACUGAUCUCCGCAUCUACUCGGCCAUCGACGUCCUCGUCCGCGCACUCAACCGCGAUGGCUACUUGUUCAUGGGCGGAGCAUACGACGCCGAUCCCGUGAAUGGAGAACGCGUGAUGGAAAUGAUUGUGGUGCUCGAGGAGCACCCCUCUGAGGAGGCGUUGAGAAACUCGUCGCUGAGUGUCACCGAGCUUGACGAGACGAUCGCCACGGGUGUGAAGAUGGGGCUACUUGAUGGGCCAAAGAUUUGGGAGCGCUUUGCCUAG